GUCGCCUCUCUGCAGUAGCAGAGUCAAGGAGCGGGGCGGGUCCCGAGAGGGGCGGAGACCAAGGGGCCGGGCAGCGGGCGGGACUCCGGCGGGCGGGAAGUGGGUGGGGACCCGCCAGGCUCCAGGGAUCUAGGCUAGGCUAAGCUGCGCGCGCGCGUGUGUCGGCGCCCCGGCGGGAUGAGCGGAACCGGGUCGGCCGGCAUGGCCCGGGGGCUGCGCGUGGACGGGCUGCCACCGCUACCCAAAAGCCUGAGCGGGCUGCUGCACUCGGCGGCGGGCGGCGCGGCGGGCGGCUGGCGGCACCUGGAGAGGCUGUACGCACAGAAGUCGCGCAUCCAGGACGAGCUGAGCCGAGGGGGCGCGGGCGGCGGCGGGGCGCGGGCGGCGGGGAAGCGGACCAAGCCCCCCAACCUGGACGCCGCGCUGGCUUUGUUGCGCAAGGAGAUGGUUGGCCUCCGACAGCUGGACAUGUCCUUGCUCUGCCAACUGUACAGCCUCUACGAGUCCAUUCAGGAGUACAAGGGAGCGUGCCAGGCAGCCUCCAGCCUGGAUUGCACCUAUGCGCUGGAGAAUGGCUUCUUUGAUGAUGAGGAAGAAUUCCAGGAGCAGGGCUCUCUCCAGGAUGGGCAGCGCCGAGGCUCUCCCAGGGACCCGUCGUUGCCCCUUAACCACCUCUCCAGCAGUGACUGGAUUCUGGAGUCCAUCUAGUGUCUCUGGAGGGGUCUGUCAACAGACUAGCAGCCUCUGUUUCUCUUCUUAUAAGAAAGUACUUCAGCCUCUUCAUGGUGGACAGUCCGAGGGCAAAUGGGGACAUGUGCCACUUGUUUAACUUGUAGGUGUGGAGUUCACGAACAUGGGAGACAGCCUGCUUAGUUGGCUGCAGGGUCUUAAGGGUGUCCUAGAGGCAUGUUUGAAUAUCCUUGAUGCCAUUAGUAGCACUUGCUGGAAGCUCUGACUGAAGGGUUCCGUGUGGAAGGCCUUCACAGACAGGCAUUUGCAUGGGGCUGCUCUCAGCAGGCUUCUCUGUAGGUGGCAGGUGUAUUGUACCCUCUUUGGCUAAGGAAUGCCACUCUGGCGUGUGGAAUAUGAAGAGCAGCAUUUCCCUGCCCGGAACCUGCAGGGCAGUCUGCAUCUCUUCUUGCCGUCACUUAGCUGUUAGCCCCUUUGCUCACUUAUUUGAAAGCUGCAUCACUAAUUUUUCCAGGGGACUCCUGAGAGCUUUCUAGGAAGAGGAAAUAUUCUGCCACACUGGUCAACUGCUUUUUCUGCAACUACCAAAAUGGACAUCAUAUAGGUAGAGAGAAAAAAACAUGAAUAUACAUUGAAUGGGGGUGGGGAGACAAAUCCUGGGAAGAGCCAGUGUUUCAUCACUUGCCAUGAGAUGGUGGCUUGUGGUUAGUUACAGACUCCGAUUGUAAACUUCAGUGCUGGAAAACAAUGUUUCCAAGCAGUACUUACCCGAAGCCUUAAUAUAUUUAUUAAAACACUUUAUGAGAACUUCA